AUGCUCGAUCCCCCCUCCGGUCAAGACUCGGAUUCAGACACCCCAGACAAACAACAUGAUAGCGGCACAAAGUCUGCCUCUGACGAUUCAUCCUCGGAAACAGACACAUCCUCGGAAGAAGACACAUCCUCAGAAACAGACGUAUCCCAAGAAACAGACACAUCCUCGGCAUUUUCUUUCGAGGGUUAUGACAUAGAAUCUAUAUUCUCCCAUGGAGACUUUGAGGAUUUACCUAACAACCGUGGAGAUGGUUCAGUGAAUAUCAUGGGAUCACGACGGAGGCUCAUUGCAGGUGGGAUCUUGGUGAUCGUGAUGGUGGUGCUUGUGGCCAUAUUGGUGCAGUUUCUUCUGCAGGCAAUGAAAAGAGAAACUUAG